AUGAGCUAUGUGGACAUUUCUCGGAAUGGGGAGUACUUAGAAGGCAAACGUGCAAAUCUCUUGGUGAAAAUAAAUGAGAUCUUUGUUACGAUAUUCAAAUCCGCGCACAUUUAUAUAAAAACAUAUUCUUGGGAUGCGAGCAUCACUGGAAAGAUCCGGGGAGUUCCCAGGAUGAAUUCCCUCAUUUCAGACUCCCUGGACCCACUGCAGAUUGAAGGGGAUGCGGAGGAAUCCUUUGAGAAAGGCUGUGAACAACUCUUGCUGAGCCCAGGAGAGACAGAUGAGUCCGGCUUUUUUGAGGGAUUGAUUUCUGACAGCAUUGGAGAAGCCAAGCUCCCCACAGGAACCGAGCCACUGAUUGCGACUGAGAGCGACAUAGACCUCACGGCCCAGCUGGUGCCUUCUGGGGGGCUGCAGAGUCACCUCUGUGUAACCAGCCUCCCUGUCAGCGAGACCAGGCUGCAGACAGACUGCAUAUUUGAGUACACCUUUCCGUGUGGCACCCGCGUUUACACAGAGGGCCCGAUACACUCCAUCCGACACAGUGACUACAAAAUCCCUCACUGUCCUGCUGGCCAUGACUCUUCAAAGGCUCUUUGUGAGGAGACACCUAAUCAAGGCAGCAGCCAUGUCAAGAGCUUAGCAUCCAGUACCAUCCCCUUCAAUUUAGGGACAAGUCCCAAACCAGGUCUGGUGAAAGGCAAUCUUAUUGCCGGGAAUCUACAAGGUCCAAUAGGACGGUUAAACGGGUUCAUACCAGAUCACACCGUGGAACGAGAUGAUAGAAUGCUUGUGAAAGUGCCCACCUUUGAGACUGACUCCAGGCAGAAUGAAAACCUCAACAUAGAGCCUGAGAGGGUUGGGACUUUCUCCGCAGUUCCCAAGUCGGAAGGUUGGAUUGUGGGGACAAAUGAGGAGGAUUUAUAUUGUGAAGCAUGCAGUUGCGAUGAAGGCUCAGUCGACCUAUACACUGAUCCGAGUCAAAAGAGGGAUGAACCAACUGGAAGGACAGAGGAGGAUAAUGAACCCCAGCAAUCGGCGUCUGUGUUUUUUGGGAGUUCUGCCCUUCCAGAAAGCCGGCCCCACAAUGACUCUGCAUCACGACCGAUGGAAGACACAUUCCACCCAGCCCAGCCUGACACUGCCAGCUCACCGGGAGAGCACCGGAUGUCACAGAAAGAAGUGGUUCUGAAGAAGAAGAGGAGGAAGAAGAAGCAGAAGGACGGCCAGUCACUAUCCAACCUGUUCAUCAGAAAGUCCAUCGAACUGGCAUACUACAGGAUUAGAAGGGAACUCACCGCUCAAGUCCUGGAUGCGUUGAGAGAGAUUUACAUUGAGGGGUUUUUGGAAAAUGGCCAAUUUUUUGACCUGUUGGAUUCGGGACUUGUCCUGUCAAACCAAGAGAGGGAAUACUUCAUGGACAGAGUGAUUGUUACCAUGCAAGACGGAGCCAGGCUGGCACUGAGUCCAGCUGAACACGGAAACGUCAGUUACUACCGGCCCUUUGUGGAGUUUCAUUGUGUCCAACAGUUGGGGAAUAACUGGUUCCGAGUGAAGGACAGGACAACAGGACAACUUGUGCUGAUGAAAAAGGUGACGGUUAUGUCAGACUGGCAGAAGGGACUGUGGAACUUCUUGACACUGCAGCCAGAAAGUGUCGUGCUUGUGCCCUACGCUGUGAUAUGUGACCGCAAGGGAUCAAUACUCUAUUUAACACAGGACAGAGGGGUGACUGGAUUUGGAAGACCAAGAGGAAUGGCCUUCGACCACAGGAAGAUCUUUGAACGAUGCGUAAGUUUCCUACACUUUUGCUGGCAUUGUGGCCUUCACCCUGGGGAUUUUAAUUCCAACAUUGUCUACAGCAGAGAGAAUAUUUACUUUGACCCGACAAGUCUAACUGGGCUGGAGGACCAGUACACCUUCAACAAGAGUUUGAAGGCUGCCUACAGUCUGAUCUUUGAGACUGGGUGUCAGGAUCUGUCAUUUGAUUCGUUCCUGGAUAUAAUGUGGUGCAGCGGGGAGGAACAAGACACAGGCUCUGAGAGACGUAGGCUGUUGCCGGUCUGCCCAGGGGUGCCCCAGGAUCCUGUCAACGCCCAAGGAUUUGGAGACUGA